CCUGCUGAACAACAUAUUAGUGCACUGCCAAGUAGGAAGGCUCUUUUUCCUCGUUGAGGGACACACAAACAUCAUCCGACAUCAUCACUGCAACCGCGGAAGGGUCCAUCUUUGAAAAGUCGUCAUGAACGAGUCCAUCCCCACCGUGGACCCUCGCUGCUUGGACCAACCUCCGCUGGCUUUGGACAUCAUUCUCCAGUUGGACCUGUUUGGCGUGAUCUUGUACUCCAUCCUGACCUUCAUGGCGGUGGUGUCCAUGCUGAUCUUCAUGGAGGAGUGUGUUUACAUUUACAAGAAAGUGCCAGCCAAUAAGAAGAGCACCAUCAUAUGGGUGAACGGAGCGGCGCCCGUGAUCGCCGCCAUGUCCUGUAUAGGGAUGUGGAUCCCGCGCGCCACCAUGUUUACCGACAUGACCUCAGCCUGCUACUUUGCCAUCGUGGUGUUCAAGUUCCUCAUAUUGAUGAUAGAGGAGGUGGGCGGCGACGAGGCGUUCCUGCGGCGGGCGCCGAAGCACCAGUUGAGGAUCAGCACGGGGCCGUGCUGCUGCUGCUGUCCCUGCCUGCCGCAUGUGGCCAUCACACGGCGCUCUCUGUUCCUGCUCAAACUGGGCUCCUUCCAGUUUGCUCUGCUCAAGAUCGUCUUCACCGUCCUCUCCAUCGCUCUGUGGACCAACGGAACCUUCGACUUGGCUGAUCUGAACAUCACAGGAUCAGCAAUAUGGAUCAACCCCUUUGUGGGCAUCUUGACCAUCAUCGCCCUGUGGCCCGUCGCCAUCACCUUCAUGCACCUCAAGACCACCUUACGCACCAUAAAGAUCAUCCCCAAGUACGCCAUGUACCAGCUGGUGCUGGUCCUGACCCAGCUGCAAAGCGCCAUCAUCAACAUCCUGGCUUUGAACGGAACCAUCGCCUGCGCGCCGCCGUUCUCGUCCGCCGCCAGAGGAUACAUGAUGAGUCAGCAGCUGUUGAUCCUGGAGAUGUUCAUCAUCACGCUGGUGACGCGUCUGCUCUAUCGCCGCCUCUACGACCCGCUGCCCGAGGAUGAAUGCAACGACGCCGACGACGACGAGAAGGCCAAAAUGGUUACCCUGCCGGAAGCUGUAUGAGUCGGUCUUAAACGGGAACAUUCCCGUGGAUUUGAUCAGGAGAUGGUCGGAUAUUCACCUUACUGAGCAGACUUCCUGCUUGCACAAACUUUGAGUGGAGAAACUCUGCUGCUGGCGGUUGCCAUCAUAACAAAGUGACGCAAGAACAACGUUUAUAUUUGACGUGUUACAGGUAAUUAUUUUUUUCAUAUACAACUAGGAAAAGGGAAUAUUUAACUAGAUUAUUUUCAUUACAUGCUGGAUGCCAAUUUACAUUUUUUUUAAUGCUCAAGUUCCCAAUAAUAUAACAUUUCAGGGACUUUACAUUCAAUGCAAUUUCUCCAUAGAAAUAUACAUGGAAUUGUUACCAAGACAUACUAUAUUGAUAUAAUGUCCUUCAGGUGAUGGUAAAAAAUGUUGUUUUAUCUUUUAUGAUGCUGCACCCUUUCUGUCACACUUAUAUUUCAAAGACACUAUAUUCCAAAGAUGCUGUCAUGCUUUCCUAUUAGAGUGCUAUUCUAUUGUUCCACUAGAUGGCAGCAGAAACCACACUAACGUAGGACGUGGCAGAUGACGUUCGGAAUACAAAUAUUUGUAACGUUAUAAAUUAAUAAAAAAACAUUUUUGAAUUUGA